CAUUUUGUUGCUGGAGGGCCAAUGGGUAUGCCUGUUGCUUCUGCAGGCUCCAAACCUUGCCACAGCAAGCCUUUACCAAGCAGGUCCCGUGGCAGCAACACUGACACCUCAAAUGCUCUCCUGAUCCGGCCAUUUGUCUUGCACAGAGAGGCUGAGACCUGGCUCCCUCAACUACUUAGGGCUUCUGGGAGCAUUGAGGAGCCCACAGCGGCCUCGGCACGAAGGGCCUGGGAGAACCCUGGACUGCACAGCCCUGAGGGGCAUUCUUCUGACUCUCUGGCCCCAGGACUUUGAGGUGACCUUUGGAGUUCGCUCCGCAGCCCGCAGGCAGCAACCGCAGAGUCGGAGAAACAGGCGCAGAGACUGCGACAGUCUGCGCUUCCCUGCCGGAUCGCCGCGCGCCCUCCCCCCAGGUCCCUGCGAUGGCACUGGCGGUGCUGCGGGACUGGUGCGGCUGGAUGGGCGUGAACGCUCAGCGCUCUCUGCUCAUCCUGGGCAUCCCGGAGGACUGCAAGGACCAGGAAUUCCAGGAGGCCGUGCGGGCUGCCCUGUGGCACCUGGGCAGGUACCGAGUGCUGGGCAAGGUCUUCAGAAAGGAGCUGGGGUCCAGGGUUGCCUUGGUCGAGUGUGCUGAGUAUUUAAACCGAAGUUUGAUUCCUCGACAAAUACCAGGCACGGGAGGGGCCUGGCCUGUGGUCUUCCUGCCCCAGGCCCCCGAUUCUGAGUCACAGGAUAGACCCAAUUUCCCUGCCCAGCCCCAGAGACCAGCAUUGGUUGGCCGGGCAGGUGAGGCAGGAGCUGCAGGUGAGGCAGGAGCUGAGGGAGAGGCAGGAGCUGAGGGUGAGGCAGGAACUGAAGAUGUGGCAGGGACACCAGGUGAAGAAGAGGUUGCACAGGAAGAAGAGGCUGCAGAGGAGGAAGGGGCUGCAGGUGAGGCAGGAGCUGCAGAUGAAGCAGGCGUGUCAGAUGAGGAGGGAGCCGCAGGUGACACAGGAGUUGCAGGCAUAGCAGGAUCCUUGAGUGUGGCGGGAGCGGGAGGUGAGGCAGGAGCCCCAGGGGAGGAAGCAGCUGCGGGGGCAGCAGCAGCCAUAGUCGAGGCGAGAGCCGGGAGCCGGCCAUGGAGGCAGGUCUUGCAGCCUGUGCUGGAAAACAUGGGCUCUCAGGGCCUGAGACCCUUCUCUGGGCUGGAAGAGCCUGGCCCCGGGGAGGAGUCCUUUGAGAGCUGGCUGGACCACGCCAACGACAUGCUGUACCUGUGGCGCCACGUGUCUGAGAGGGAGAGGAGGAGGAGGCUGGUGGAGAGCCUGGGCGGCCCCGCGCUGGAUCUCCUGUGUGGCCUCCUGGCGGAAGAUCCCGACAUGGCCGCACACGACUGCCUGGCCGCGCUGGUGCAGGCGUUUGGGAACAAGGACACCCGGGUGACCGCACGGCUGAAGUUCAUGACUUGCGCCCAGCGGCCCCAGGAGACUCUCUUUGCCUACAUGAUGCGCCUGGAAGGCCUGCUGCAGUCGGCCCUGGAGAAGGGGGCCAUCCACCCGGCCAUCGCAGACCAGGUGCGUGCCCGGCAGGUGCUGAUGCGGGCCCGCUCGAGUGCUGCUCUCCAGAACAGGCUGAGGAGGAUGAGGCUGGAGAGGAGACCCCCGGGCUUCGUGGGGAUGCUGCGGCUCAUCCGGGAGACCGAGGCACCGGAGGCUGGCCCAGCGGGCAGCGAGCAGCUCCAAAUGGAAGAAGAGGCCCGCGUGAACCCUGGAGACCUGGCAGGUGCCCCAGCUGUCCCGGCCCAGGAAUAUGGUGCCCAGGCCUCCUCAGCCCAGGAGGUCGUCACCGGGGGCACCACUGCAGAUGGAGCCAAGGCCUCCCCAGCAGGUGAAGGGACCGCCCAGGGUGCCCUUUCCAAGGAAGGUAGCACUGAGGCCACCUCAGCCUGUGAAGAGGCCAGCGAGGGGGCUCCUGGCACUGGCGAGGCUGGCGAGGCUGCCCCUGAAACCCACGUUGCCACUGGGGCAGCCCCUGUCCCUGGGGAGACCAGCAAGUCCUCCCCUGCCACUCAGGGAGACGAAAAUCCUCCCAUCCCUGCCCACACGGGCUGUGCUUCCCAGGAGGCCCCAGGAGGUCCUGGCUGUGAGCCAGAGAACCUCACCCAGGCAGGAGACCAGGAGGCUGAGGGGCCCCCCGAGGAGGGGCUCAAGCCCAUCCCAGAGGACCUGGGAAAUGAGGACAGGGCUCUGGAGAUGAGCCCUCCCAAGUCCUCCUCGGGUCAAUAGGCUCAGCAGGCCCAGGGCCCCCCUGGCCUGGAGGCAGGUAGAGGCCAGGCCAGGCAGCCACCUCGCCCCAGGUGGGGAGCAGGGUGGAGGGAAGGGCCAGCCCAGCCCAAACCAACUCCCUGGGCCCCCUAUUACCUGCAAGAGACCCCACCCACCACCAUGAGUCCUUCCAAGUGACCACGAUGACCAUGUUAGACACCAAAUGGGGCGGGGAGAGGUGCGCCUCCCCCACCAUGGCAACACCACACCAGCCUCAGCCCCAAGCCCUGCCAACUGGGGCAGCCGGCCCGGGAGGAUCCCUGAGUGCCCAGCCCCGGCCUCGGUGAGGGCCACCUGAAGACGUCUGCCCCCACACUGCCCUGGGAGAUGUCAGGGGCCAUGUCAAGGUGCCUGGGCCUCCGAGAGGGGCCCCUAGUCACCGUCCCCUGGGGCAGGCUGCUCCCUGUACUAGGAAGCCCAUAGGAAGCCUGUGUCUCUGUGGCCCCAUAGUGAUCUCCUCACCACCCCCCACACCAGCGCCCGUUUCCGUGCAGAGCCCUGAGGUGCCCGUGGACCCAGACCGGGUGUCCCUCCUACCCGGGCCGCCACCUCUGGGCCCGGCCACGUGCCCUGAGCUCAGGGCAGCAAGGCUCUGCUCGCUCUGGCCCAGUGUCGUGAGCUCCAUGUCCGCUUUGUCGGAGUAGAUUUAGGCCAAACGCUGCUUGUUCUUGUGGAGAUGUGUGUGUGUUCUUCUCUGAAGAGUACCCCCAGCCCAGCCCGGAGACCCCAGCCCGGUCCCAGGAGACGGCGGGAUGGACAGAUGGACGACGCCCACCUGGUGGCCUCGGGAAGGAAGAACUGGGCCGGGGAAGGUUGGGGGCUGCGGAGGGUCCUCGGGGACCGUGCUGUGAUCUGCCAUCGCUGUUCCUCGUGACCCCUUGUCCUGGGCUUGGGGGAGCGUUCCCCGCCGUGUUCUGCAGUGUCCUGGACUGUCCUGUGGGGGCCAGAGGGCAGGGCCAGGCCCCAGCAUGUGGGCCAGAGGGGGAGGGGUGCCCUGGGGGCAGCGGUCAUUGCUGGGGUCCACCGUCCUGGCCAGAGGCUGACUGUGGGGCCCUCAGGAAGGGAGACUAUGUGGGGAGGGCCGCAGCACGGUGGGGGGCAGCUGAGACACCUGGUGAGGGACCCUGGGAGGAGGAGGGGGCUGAGAUCUGUGGGCUUUAGUGGCCGUUAGAAGUUCCUGCCUGUGUGGUCAUUCCCUCUUUUCAGUAGUUUCAGUCAAUGUUUCUCUUUAAUAAAUUUCGUUGAAAGUUUCA